AUGUCACGACCCGAACCGCACACGCGCGAAUACGACCAUGGUCCCCCGUACGAUGGGCGACCGCAGGGCGAAAAUGGGCGGAUUAAUGGGCGAGAGAAUGGGCAUGGUUCCAGAGAUUUUGGGAGCCACAUCCGGGAAUUCUCUCGAGAUGGAUCAGCGCGAGAUUUUGGACCGUCUGCGGGGAACGUCUACAGCAGCGGUGCGCCGUCGCUGGCUGCAGCCACGGCCGAUCGCCGUCCGCUGGCGUCGAGCACGCUCCGUGGCUCCGGCUUCCCGUCCUUUGUCGCUCCGGGCAUCUUCCACGGCUCGCAGGGAAUCGGCGUCGGUCCCAGUGACACUUGGUCCACCAAGCCGGCCGCGUACUCGGCCUCCCCGUCUACCGCCAGACCGUCCGCCGACGUCUCUUCCCAACUUCAACUCUCGCUCCCCCCCUUGCUUCAUAACCACCACCAUCUCCUGCGCUCCCCCUCUCCUCCUCGUGCCCCGCCCGCCUCUGAGCUCUACAACUCCUCCUUUCACGACCGCGACACCCGUGACACGAGAGACCAUCGCGAGCACUUCUUCAGCCAGCUACAGCAGCAGCAGCAGUCUAGUUCCCCUCAACUUUCCUCGGCGAGCCCCCAGUCCCUCCCGUCUCCCACCAACAAUAAUUCAUCUUCUCGCUCUACUCUCUGGUGGGGCGAACUCGAACCCUGGAUGGACGAAGAGUAUGCAAAGCAGGUCUGCAACCUCAUGGGUUGGGACCCCGUCAGCAUCAAGGUUCCUCGCCCUGCGCCGGAUCCUAUUACCGGCCAGCAGGCAAACAAUCCAGGCUACUGCUUCUUAACGUUCCCUUCUCAAGCCCACGCGGCGUCAGUUCUGUCUCAGAUCAACAAUAGCAAUAACGGGAGCGCCCCCUCCAUGACCAUGCCCAAUUCCAGCAAGCCUUUCUCGCUCAAUUGGGCGUCGUCCGUACCUUCCACGCCGAUGGCUGCCUUACAGCCCGGCCAAGUCAUCUCAGUCCCGGGCGCACAGAACCCGCAAUAUCCCAAAGAGUACAGUAUCUUUGUGGGUGAUCUUGCUCCGGAAGUGUCCAACUCGGACUUGGUGGCCGUCUUUCGUAAUCCGGUCCUUGGUCUUCGCAAUGACAGGGAGCCUCGCUUCAUCCGGCCGUUCUUGAGCUGCAAGAGUGCUAAGAUCAUGUUGGAUCCUGUCACUGGCGUGUCGCGAGGAUAUGGGUUUGUCAGGUUCACGGAUGAAGCUGAUCAGCAGCGUGCGUUGAUCGAAAUGCACGGUCUCUACUGUCUUUCACGUCCCAUGCGGAUUUCGCCUGCCACUGCGAAGUUCAAACCUGUGCCUGGAAUGGCAGGGAUGGACAUUGCACAGAUGCAGUUGCCGCUUGCGCAGCCGACGCCUCCCGCAGCGACAGAACCAAUGAACCCUGUGACUAUCGCUUUACCACUUCCGAAUGCCACCCAAACGAAGAGCGUGUCUGCUCCUCUUGCCGGCUCCACUGCUGCUGCGUCUGGUUCGAGCUCCUCAAUCACGAGUACGGUAAUGUCUGCCUCCGGGUCGACGUCGUCUGUCUCAGCACCAUCUCUGAGUUCGGGAUCAACUGUCUCUUCUUCGUCCACGCUUGCAUCCACUGCCUCAGAUGAGGCGCUGAAGGCACAGUUUUCUGGUGCGAUGGCCGGUGCGCCAUCCGCAACCAACGAUGAGACUCCGUCCGUCUCCGUACCAUUCGCUCAGCCUACCCAGGAUCAGUUGAUGGCUCAGAAAUACAAUAUCUCUGAGGAGUCGUGGAAGCAUCAUGCUCAGGCACGCGCGAUCUUGUCCAAUUUGAUUGGCCCGAAUGGCGAGCAGUUGACGUCGUCGGACCCGUACAACACUACUGUCUUCGUGGGCGGCUUAUCGCCCUUGAUUUCUGAGGAGACACUGAGGACUUUCUUUGUGCCCUUCGGCGACAUCCACUACGUGAAAGUACCGGUUGGCAAGCAUUGUGGCUUCGUGCAGUUUGUGCGAAAGCCUGAUGCGGAGAGAGCCAUCGAGAAGAUGCAAGGUUUCCCCAUUGGGGGCAGCAGGAUCAGACUCAGCUGGGGACGUAGUCAAUACAAGGCUGCACAGGCUGCGGCGCAGGCUGCCCAAGCUGCCGCUUUUCAAGCGCAAUACCAGUCACAGGUGACACCGGUGACGCCAUCGAGUGCUGCUCCUGCUCUGACUCCCGAGCAGGCGCUGCAACUGCUAGAGAAGCUCGGGCUAACGAAUCUUCUCAAUAAUAAUGGUGGGGAUUUUUCAGGUAACGAUGGUAGCAGCGAGUCUCAGGUCGCUGCUGCUCUCCUGAACGACGUUGACGGAGAUCGCCUGGCAGCUUACCAUGCUUUCAACCCCAUCUUCGGCACGCGCCCCGCCCCAGGCGGCAACAGCUCAGGGGCACCAUCCAGCUUCUCUCCCUUCUCACCUGAUCCCAACUAUCUCGUGAAUGCGGUAAAGGAACAACAGCCAAUGGCUUCGUCCUCAUCACAGACUCUUCGUCAGCCUGCGAAAUCUUUUACACCGUGGUUCAUUGGUCAAGACGAGAAGGUUCCUAGUGCGAGCGGGAAGAUCUCGCCGUCGUCUGCGCAGACAAUACGUCCCCCCAGUGCCUCACAAAGGUUCCUGUUGGGCGAAGGCUCUUCGAAGUCGCUUUUCCAGGCCGACCGUGCGGCUUCUCGACGGGAUGGUCCUGUGCCCAUCGCACGACCGGAUGUGACGAGGAAGGGUUCUCAGAACCAGGAGCAAUACUCAGGCCAUGACCACGAUCACGACAUCCAGGAUCUGAACGGGACGCUGGCGAGCCUCGACCUCGACCACCACCACUCGCAGGGGAUCUGGAAGAACGGUGCGGAUGGCGCGCACGCGUUGGCGUCGCCAUGA